GGUCCGCUCCAGGUGGCGGGCGGUGGGAGCGAGACAGCGGACAUGGACUUCGACUCGUACCAGCACUAUUUCUAUGACUAUGACUGCGGGGAGGAUUUCUACCGCUCCACGGCGCCCAGCGAGGACAUCUGGAAGAAAUUCGAGCUGGUGCCGUCGCCCCCCACGUCGCCGCCCUGGGGCUCGGGUCCUGGCGCCGGGGACCCGGCCCCUGGGAUUGGUCCCCCAGAUCCGUGGCCCGGAGGGGGCACCGGGGACGAGGCGGAAUCCCGGGGCCACUCAAAAGCUUGGGGCAGGAACUACGCCUCCAUCAUCCGCCGUGACUGCAUGUGGAGCGGCUUCUCGGCCCGGGAACGGCUGGAGAGAGCAGUGAGCGACCGGCUCGUCGCUGGCGCGCCCCGAGGGAACCCGCCCAAGGCACCCGCCGCCCCUGACUGCGCUCCCAGCCUCGAAGCCGGCAACCUGGCGCCCGCCGCCCCCUGUCCGCUGGGCGAGCCCAAGACCCAGGCCUGUUCGGGGUCCGAGAGCCCAAGCGACUCGGAGGGUGAAGAAAUUGACGUGGUAACUGUAGAGAAGAGGCAGUCUCUGGGUAUACGGAAGCCAGUCACCAUCACGGUGCGAGCAGACCCUCUGGACCCCUGCAUGAAACACUUCCACAUCUCCAUCCAUCAGCAGCAGCACAACUAUGCUGCCCGUUUUCCUCCAGAAAGCUGCUCCCAAGAUGGGGCUCCAGAGAGGGAUCCCCAAGAAGAGGCUUUGGUGAGAGAUGCUCCAGAGGAAAAGGAAGAUGAGGAGGAGGAAGAGGUUGUAAGCCCCCCACCUGUAGAAAGUGAGGCUCCCCAGUCCUGCCACCCCAAACCUGUCAGUUCGGAUACUGAGGAUGUGACCAAGAGGAAGAACCACAACUUCCUAGAGCGCAAAAGACGGAAUGACCUGCGCUCACGGUUCUUGGCCCUGAGGGACCAGGUACCCACAUUGGCCAGCUGCUCUAAGGCUCCCAAAGUAGUGAUUCUAAGCAAGGCCUUGGAAUACUUACAAUCCCUGGUGGGGGCGGAGAAGAGGAUGGCUACAGAGAAAAGGCAGCUCAGAUGUAGGCAGCAACAGUUGCAGAAAAGAAUUGCCUACCUCAGUGGCUACUAACUGACCAAAAAACCUGACUGUUCUGUCUCACAAAGACAGACGUUUAUUUUUUAACCUCCCUCUCUCCUUUAGUAAUUUGCACAUUUUGGUUGUGGUGGGACAGUCUGGACAGUAGAUCCCAGAAUGCAUUGCAGCCAGUGCACACACAAUAAGGGCUUGCAUUCUUGGAAGCUUUGAAACCCAGCUCUCCCUCUUCCCUGACUCAUGGGAGUGCUGUGUCUUCUCUGGCGCCUUUGGCUUCUCAGCAGGCAGCUGACUGAGGAGCCUUGGGGUCUGCCUAGCUCACUAGCUCUGAAGAAAAGGCUGACAGAUGCUAUGCAACAGGUGGUGGACGUUGUCGGGGGCUCCAGCCUGCAUGAAAUCUCACACUCUGCAUGAGCUUUAGGCCAGGAAAGGAUGCUCCCACUGGUGUCUCUGGGGUGAUGCAAGGACAGCUGGGCCUGGACGCUUUCCCUGAGGCUCCUUUUUCCAGGAGACACAUGAGCUGUCUUGGGUGAAGACAAGCUCGCAGACUUCAUCAACAUGGACCAUUACCUCACUGUCAGACACUUUACAGUAGCUGAGGAGUUGGAAACCUUUAAUAUAUAUAUUAUGAUGUUAGCUGACACUCCUCCUCCCACUGUCAAUGCUGCGACCCUGAGGACAUUUAAAGAACUUGGCCUCUAGGUUCUUUGUCUCAGAACUCUCUGGGCCCUCUCUUCUGAGUGAGGGAUCUUUCUAUCCUCACAAGGGACUUUUUUGUUUCUUUCUGCCUUUGUUAUGCAAUGGACUGUACAGCACCCUUUCCCACAGGUCAGAAAUACUUCCCUGAGACACAGGGAAAUGGGUCUUAGCCUGGGGCCUGGGGAAGGCUUGGAGUCCUGGUCUGUGAAUUUGUUCCCCGCCCAGGUGUUUUCCGAGGGACACUCGAAGCCCGUCUUAGAAUCUUUUCUCAAGGCAGGUGUAAGGCACCUCAGAAGGGAGAACUGUACCACUUCCUCUUUGCCAUCUGCCUCUCAAUUCUUGAGUGAUAAGUUUGACGUUCUACUAGAACUGUGCAAACCUGUCCUCAUGCAACUCCAAGGAGCUUGUUGGCUCUGCAGCCACCCCUGGGUCUGUGCCAGCCUGCCAUGAGUCAGAUCCCUUUCCUAGAAUUUGGGCCUUUCUGAAGUUCUGGGGAGAGCCAGCCGUUGGGACUUUAUCCAGUGCUCCAGAAGGUGGGCUUGUUUCCUGGUGGGUUUUAAAGGAGCCUUCAGGAAUUCUGCUUAGCCAACCAUGAUGGAUUUUACCCCGGCUGGACUCUGAAGCUCCAAGUGGAAUCCAGGUACAGCCUCCAAUCUGGAAAAGUCACCCAACCCAACAGGUGAUAUGUAGGCAAGCUCAAGAACCCCUAAACCUGUCCUGGAUGAAGGAUCAAGCCCCUCCAGAACUCUGCACCUGCUGGCUCUGGAUUUGGAAGUGGGGGGUACAGAUGGUGGUAAGCACUAUAUGUGGCUCUGAAAAACAAGCUGCUGCUUCCAGAUCUAUCGUCCGUAAUGGUUUCUUUCUGAGGUUGCUUCUUGGCCUCAGAGAACCCCAGUGGAAGUUUGGAAAUAGCCUCUCCACCUUCUGGAGCAUGGUUUUCAGGAACUAACUUACCUUCUGGAACUGUCUUGGGAGGACAAGUGGGGUGUAGUUUAUCAAUGUAUCACCUGAAUAGCUUGUGUUUUAUAAGCUGCUGUUGGGUAUUAUACUGGGAGGAGUCUUUUUUUUUAAUACUGUAUUUUUGUAUGCCUUUUGCAAAGUGGUGUUAACUGUUUUUGUACAAGAAAAAAACUUGGGCAAUUCUCCUGUUGCAAGGGUCUGAUUUAUUUUGAAAGGCGUUUACCUGAAAUUUUGUAUUUAGUUGUGAUUAUUGAUUGCCUAAUUUUAAACUGUUGCCUUCUGAGAUGUCUUCUAAUAAAAGAUUUCUCAAACAU